AUCAUUCCCACUAUUUCUUUUGCGGGAAAAUUGAUGUUUAUUUAUUCCAAAGAUUUAUAAAAGGGAUAAACAAUAUAAUUCAAUUGAAAUUGCUUAAGUAUUGAGUGAAUUCAAUUUGUACUCAUGGAUGAUAUUAACUUAGAUUCCUUAUUAGAUAAUGAUGACGAGCCUACUCCAACUCAAGUGUUUCAAAAAUUAGAAGAGGUGUGGUUGAAUGAAAAAUUUGCCCCUGAAUUACUAAUGUAUGAAGGAGCAUUAGUAGAUUGUUUUAUAGAUCAGAUGCAAUAUAUGGAAAAUAUAUUACGGAAGUAUCAGAAAGAAGAUUUCCGCUUUAUUGUUCACAAAAUGGAGUUGGAUAGAAUUCGAUAUUUUCUAAGCAGUUAUUUAAGGAUUCGUUUAGAAAAAAUUGAAAAAUUUGGAGCUCAUAUGCUACAUGAGGAAAGCGAAGAUCUAGCUGUCACUAAUAUGUCUGCUGAAGAAAGGGUAUUUGCUUACAGGUAUGUGACUAACUUGAAGGAUUAUUUAAGAAAUACUGCCAUUAAAAAAAUGCCUCCUAACAUGCAGUUCUUAAAAUUUGAGGAAAUUGUUUGUAAACCCCAAAUGGAUCAAUCAGUCUUUGUUAAGGUUAAAAAAGAAUGCCUGGGUGUUAUUCUUGAAGAGUUUGAUGAUUAUGAUGGAGAUGAAGAAAUAGUUGAUUUGGUUGUUGGUUCUCAGCAUGUUCUUCGAUACAGACCAAUUACUACAUUAAUAAAAAAUGGUUCCCUGCAGUUAAUGUGAUAUUUCCCUGUGUAUUUUUUUAUGCUAAAAUAAUGAAUUGUGUUAAUAUUUGUACAUAGGCAUGUUUUUUUUUCCUCGGCAGAACUGGCAAAAACCAUGAUUUUUUUUUUAAAAAAAAAAGAAAAUCCUAUUUUUUUUAAUAAAAUAAAAAAUUUUCUCUUAUUUAAAACCAGAAUUUUUUUGUUUACACCAUUGAAAGCUGUGAAAAAAUAUAUUAUUGAUGUUUAAUACUAUUUAUAAACAAUAUUUUAACUAAAGUGCUUAAUAAUUUUAACUAAAAUGGUUAAAAUAAUGUAUAACUAUUAGAAACUAAAAACUGAAAAAAUUAAAAUCAUAGUUAUUUUUAUUAAAGCUCAAAACUUUCUUGAAUUAGUAAAGACGAAGACCCCAUUUGUAUGUUGGAUAUCAAAUUAUAAGUAAAUUUUAUUAGGUCAGGAAACAUUAUUAAAAAAAUCCAUUUUUCUGAAUCAUUCUUUGCAGAACAAAUCUUUCUUCAUUAUUUAUAUACAUAUUUAUUUAUUAAGUUUAAAAAGUAUUUAUAUUUAACUAAGCAUAAAACUAAAUUGGUAGAAUUCAAUGAUGUUACUUUAAUAGCAAGUUAUUUCACUUGCAGCUUAUGGAAAGUUACGCCUUUAAAGCUUCUCAUUACUUUAAUCCACAUUUAUUGUUGACAUUUGUGAAAAAAUAUACUCAGAAUUAUUUAUUUAUUGAUGAUAUUUAUUUAUUGAUGAUUUUCUUAUUGCAUCACACAGAUUUUGGAACUCAAAAUGAAGAAAUAAAAAAGAAGUAGUAUUACUUGUUAAUAAUAACCAUAUGUCAAUAUGUUAAUUCAAAAAAAUAUUUAAAAAAAUAAUGCAAUUUAUCUGUUAAGUUUUUAUAUUUUUCAUUUUCAGAUCUUUAACACAUAUUUUAAGAUGUUAUAUCUCACAAUAUCUAAUCUAUUUUUUUGCUUAUGAACUAAAGCACAUGUUUUUAAAAUAAAGAUCUUGAAAGAAAUAAUAAAUAUUACAAUGGAUAAAUAUUUGCUUUGUAUUUCAAUUUUAUAAUUUAAAGGGCAAUUUCUUAAUUUAACCCCUUAAUAGGUUGUUUAUCUUUACAAAUUUAACAGAUAUUAGUAAUUUUUACAAAAAAGAAUGCAAAUAUCUUUAAUCUAAUAUAUAAUCUAUAUUUAUUUUACCUUAUGUAUAAAAAAUGAAUUUCAAUUUUUUAGAUGUAUUUUGUAUUGGAUAGUCUGAAAACUGUCCUCUGUGUAUGGUUGACUUGUAAUAGUUAUUUUUAAUAAAAAUGUUUUAGUUGAAGUAA